AUGCCCCAAACAAGCGAAGGCAAUGUCCAUGGCUUGCAAUAUCGCGAAGCAAAGCCUUCGCAAGGAAAUCCAUCGCAACCUGUGUCAGAACUCUUCCGUCUUGAUAAUCGCACCAUCAUAACUGAUGUCGAGGAUGCUGCAAAGAAGCACCAUUGUCAACUGACAUAUUUUCAGCUUGAUGUUACUGACGAAAAUGCUGUCUCCAAAACGUUUGCCGGAUUUAUCCAUGCUCUACGCUACCCAGUCAAGGGUCUUGUCGCUUGUGCCGGGCUGUCACUAAAUGGUCCUGCGACUGAAUUUCCGGCUUCUUCAUUCCGAAGGGUACUUGAUACCAAUGUCACAGGAACAUUCCUGAUCGCGCAAGCCACAGCCCGGGAGAUGAUCCGCACAAACACCACUGGAAGCAUGGUUCUGGUUGCAAGUAUGAGCGCUGGCUAUAAUGCAUCCAAGGCCGCCGUUCACCAGCUCACGCGUUCUCUGGCCGCCGAGUGGGGUUCAAGAGUCGAAGUACCACUCAUUCGAGUUAACUCGCUUUCUCCUGGCUAUAUUCGCACAGCUGCCACUGCCGAAUCUUUACAAAAACCAGGCAUGGAGGCUCAAUGGACUGGAGAUAAUAUGCUGUACCGUUUGAGUACAGCAGAUGAGUUUCGCGCGCCCGUGCUCUUCAUGUUGGGCGACGGAAGCAGUUUUAUGACUGGCGCUGAUUUGCGCGUAGAUGGCGGACAUUGUAGUUGGUAG